AUGAUCAUGACAGCUGCGGACAGGUUACCCUCGCGUCUCUUUACGCAUGCGACGAUAAUCACGGUCAACAAGAGCCGGGAGGUCAUUCUGGAUGGUGCAAUCCUCAUCGAACAUGGCCGGAUCGCGGCACUUGGAAAGACAGUUGACCUCGUCGACCAGCUAAACUCUAACAAAGACCGAGACAUCGAAAUUAUCGAGUGCAAGAACAGGAUCAUCAUACCAGGCCUCGUUAACACCCACGCACACCUCGCGCAAUCACUGCUACGUGGGCUCGCCGAAGAUCUUCCAUUACACAACUGGCUAUGCGAUGCGAUCUGGCCCUUGGAAGCGAAUUACGCCGAGGAUGAUGGCUAUGUGGCUUCGAUGCUGACUAUUGCCGAAAUGUUGAAAACGGGAACGACGUGUUUCCUGGAGGCUAUGCUUACACAUAGAAGCGGACUCGAGAACGUCGUCAGAGCGGUGGAGGAAAGUGGUAUUCGCGCGUGUCUGGGUAAACUGAUCAAGGCCGCUGAGUCAAACCCGAAGCUUAACAUGAAAGAUGCCAGAGAUCGGGAUGUGGACUCUAUGUCAGUCGCUGCUGCUUCAUCAGCAUACGAAAAGUAUCAUGGCUCUUUGAACGACCGUUUGCACAUGUGGUUUGCGGCCGGUACACCUCGAGGCUCACCAAUGGCGGCUCAUGCUGCAAUAGGCGAAGCCGCACGAGCACACGGUAUUGGCCUCACUAUGCACUGUGCCGAAGCGCCUAAAGAUCUUACCAUCUAUCGAGACUAUUACCAAUGCAGUCCCUUUGAGUUCUGCCGAGAUGCGCAACUGACGGGCUCGAAGACGGUUUUUGCCCACUGUGUUCACCCAGACCCAGUAGCUGGAGACUUCGAAAUCUUGUCUGAAAGUAAGAGCACAGUUUCGCAUAAUCCGACGAGCAAUCUCAAGCUUGGAUCUGGUGUGGCGCCGAUACCUGAUAUGGUGGCGAAAGGUGUGAAUGUAGCGUUAGGGACCGACGGAGCGCCAUGCAACAACACGUACGAUAUGUUCCGCGAGAUGCAUUUAGCAUCCAUUCUACAUGGUGGUGUUAGACAAAACGCUGGCGUACUGAGCGCAUACGAUGUCUUAGAGUUUGCAACGAUUAACGGCGCGAGAGCACUAGGGUUGGAAGCUGAGAUUGGGAGCCUAGAAGUUGGGAAGAAAGCUGAUGUUGUCAUUGUGGAGCCGAAAGGCGCAUCAUGUACUCCGUGGGAUCCGGCCGAGCAAAAUGCUGGUGGCAUGGACCCAGUCACAGUGCUCGUCAAUUCGUCUGGCGCAAACGUCGACACAGUCAUCGUAGACGGUCAGUUACUUGUCAGUAGUGGCAAGCUGUUGCACGUUGAUGAGAGCAAGAUCAUACAGAGAGCGAAGACGUCAGUAGCAGACAUCCGUAAAAGGAGCGGUGUGGGUGCACGGAAUCAUAUGUCGUUAAAGUAUACAUAG